CGGCACCGCCCGGCCGGGGCGGGCGCUGCUGGCGGGCUCGCAGCGAUGGCGGCGGCCGAGGUGGCGCGGCAGGGUGAAGGCUGUCGCACUGUCCCCCUUUCUGGACAUGUAGGAUUUGACAGUUUGCCGGACCAGCUGGUUAAUAAGUCAGUUAAUCAUGGUUUUUGCUUCAACAUCCUGUGUGUGGGGGAAACUGGCCUUGGUAAGUCCACCCUCAUGGACACACUUUUUAACACCAAGUUUGAAGGUGACCUAGCAUCUCACUCACAGCCCGGGGUCCAGCUGAAAUCUAAUACCUAUGACCUGCAGGAGAGCAAUGUCAACCUCAAACUGACUAUUGUGAGCACAGUGGGCUUUGGGGAUCAGAUCAACAAAGAGGACAGCUAUAAGCCCAUUGUCGAGUUCAUUGAUGCUCAGUUUGAAGCCUAUUUGCAAGAAGAACUGAAGAUAAAGAGAGUCUUGCACAACUACCAUGACACCCGGAUCCACGCUUGUUUGUAUUUCAUUGCUCCGACAGGCCACUCACUGAAAUCUCUGGACUUGGUAACAAUGAAGAAGCUUGACAGCAAGGUCAACAUCAUUCCUAUCAUUGCCAAAUCUGAUGCCAUUUCCAAGAGUGAGCUGACCAAAUUUAAAAUUAAAAUCACAAGUGAACUGGUCAGUAACGGGGUUCAGAUCUACCAGUUCCCAACAGAUGAUGAAUCCGUGGCAGAGAUAAAUGGGACAAUGAAUGCCCACUUGCCAUUUGCAGUGAUCGGCAGCACGGAGGAGCUGAAAAUAGGAAACAAAAUGAUGAAGGCUCGUCAGUACCCCUGGGGCACAGUGCAGGUGGAGAAUGAGACUCACUGUGACUUUGUGAAACUACGGGAGAUGCUGAUCCGUGUGAACAUGGAAGACCUUCGUGAACAAACCCACACACGCCACUAUGAGCUGUACAGACGAUGUAAACUGGAAGAGAUGGGUUUCAAGGACACCGAUCCAGACAGCAAGCCCUUCAGCUUACAGGAAACUUAUGAGGCCAAAAGAAAUGAGUUUCUGGGGGAACUGCAGAAAAAGGAAGAGGCAAUGAGGCAAAUGUUUGUCCAGAGGGUCAAGGAAAAGGAAGCAGAGCUGAAGGAGGCCGAAAAAGAGCUGCACGAGAAGUUUGAUCGUCUGAAGAAGUUACAUCAGGAUGAAAAAAAGAAGCUAGAGGACAAGAAGAAGUCUCUGGAUGAUGAAGUAAAUGCAUUUAAACAAAGGAAGACAGCAGCUGAAUUGCUCCAAUCUCAGGCUCAGCAGGCUGGAGGAUCGCAAACUCUUAAAAGAGACAAGGAGAGAAAAAAUAACCCAUGGCUCUGUACUGAGUAAUUACCCCUGAAUACAAUGGGCUGGAAUGGACCUUCAUUUACUUGUUAAAUCGGAGGGUCUAAUAAAACGUGACAGCAUUUCAGCUGUGACCUUUCCAUGGUGUUACCCUUGCUAUAUCCAGUAUUCUCAUUGUGAAUCUGUCUUUGUACUACUAUGUACUGGCGGUUAUUGCUUUUGUUAAACAAUGUAAAGUAAGUCCGUAAUGAGAUUUUGAACACUGCAACUUUAAAUCUAAUUUUUUUCCCUGCAAUUAAUGGAUUCCCCUUUCUCCUGGCCCCUCUCCACCCAGAUAAAUAAGGGAUGUGGAAAUAAGUUCUGUGAGUUAUUUUUGCUGGCAAAAUAACGAUGCAGCUUGAAUGUAUUUAUUGGUGACGUUAAGAUGACAACACCACCUUAGUUUAAUUAUGGCAUAGUUGAGAGAUUAAAAACCCUUUUCUCUUUAUACUUGGUGUCAUUUUGUGACAUCAUCUAUCUUUUUUUAAUUUGCUUUUUUUUCCCUUUGCUUAUUCAUGCUACCUGAAAACCAGCAUUUAAUUCUUGUUGCCAUCUCAGCCUUGCUUGUUUUGGCCCUGAUGCUUCAGUUGCACUGUGUGCGGGCUAAGCUGUCCCUGCGUGGAGGUGGAGGAAUCCUCCUGUCCCGACCCUGCUGAAAGGUCAGGAUGUCCUGGCAAGUAGUUUCAACAAGGCUCCUCAAGUCCUAGGUUUUUGGAGGAUGAGCAUACCUCAGACUUUAGCAUGUUGCCUAGAGAGGUAGUCUGGAUAAUGCUCAAACCUCAUGAACAGCUUCUCCCCUCCUCCCUGUCUGCAAACCAACACCCUGUAAAUCACCGGCGGGCUGGGGUGAUCAGACAAGCUCUGACCACCAGAACAUUUAUUGUGAGUGUAGGACAAUAUUUCCCAGGCAGGUGAACUUUUCAUUGCCUUGCAAAAUUUGAUAUUUAGGGACAUGGUUUUCGGGCAGCUCCCUGGCCCACAUCUGCUGGUAAAUUUUGCUUCAGACCCUCUACUUCUGAAGUAUUUUCAUUUGCACUGAUAGAUGGCAUUCAGAGCAGCUUGGCUCAGUGCUACAAAAUGAAAACUUUGUAUUCCGUGGUACACAUUGUAACAUAAAUGAAGAGCAAAGUUCAAAACAGUUCUCAGCUCUUCUGGUCCACGCACUGUUAGUCCCGUUGGCUGCUCAUACCAGCAGCAAACCUUGUGCAGUAACUCCUGUCAAACUGAGGUGUGACUUCCAUCUCCAGCAAUCCAGGUAGUUAAAACUCUUGAUUGCAAUGUAUAUAUAUGAUCUCAGGUAUCCUGUUUCACUGUAAAUGCAAUUUUAUUUCCCUUAAAAUGCUUUGGCUCUUUUUUCUUUUCUUUUUUUCCUUUUUUUUUUUUUUUAUGCGAUUUAAAAUAACUUGAGUAUUUACUUCCCUUGUUACCGUUGAAGGCAGGCCUGCUCCCCAAAACCAAUCAAUAUCAAUUUCUCAGUGUUUUCUAGGUUACUUGUUAAAAGGAGCAUUUAAUCUGGCUUUUGUUUCCCAUGCUGCAGGUCACUGACCAUCUUUCUUAACCAUAUGCCUUAUUAGAAUGUUAUUAAAAGUCAAAAAAAAAAAAAAAAAAAAAAAAGAGGAGGGGGUAGUUAUGUGAUUUCCUUGAGGUACUAGACACCACAAGAUACACAGCCUCACAGAAGAGGUUCCAUCUCUUCUCUGUCAGCUGUUUUCGUGUUGCAUCCCUUUUUUCCUGCUUUUUGAACGUCUUUCUCUUUUUUGAUAAUCUUCUGUUUUUUUCUCUUUUUCCCCUUUCUCUCU